AUGAAAUCAAAUUGUACGCAUAGUAGACUUCCCUUUGUCUCACUGAUUCCCCUUGCAAAGUUGGGAAAAGGAAUGCACUCCGAAGCAGUUUCUUUUAUGAAAAAGAGAGAAAGUUUUUGUGGGUUGUUGGUUGGAAAUUACACCAAAUAUGGUCCUUCAAGGCUUCAAGAUCAACUCUUCUCUGGAGAUUUCAUGGCUUUUAUCAAACACGAUCAUGAAGAAGAUGUUAAACAUUUCGUCGGAGAUGAAGCUUAUGGUCAUAUAUUUGGAGCCAAAACAAUAGGAAUGUAUUGUCUCACAGUGUCUGGGACUUUGCUUUUCGAAAUAGAAACGGUAGAGGAAUUAAAAGGAUUGCUUGACUUGGAUGAAAAUACUGCUCAAGUGGUCUUUGAUGGAAUGAUUGAAAGAAUGUACAAACAAAUCUCAGACGAAACAAUUUCCAAAUAUGGAGGCUCUAUCAAAGGAGUAAUUGGAGAGUAUAAGGUGGGCUCUACUAUUGUAGACAAGUUAUUCAGGCUUGGUGUUUGGAAACAAGAUGAAAUGGCCCUACAAGAAAAGGAAAAUCUCUACUCUUUCACCUUGGACAAGUUCAUUCCCAAAACACAUUCAACAUUGUGUGAUUCAUCAUCCAAUAUUACCUCGAGAAAGUUAAUGGAUUCAGACUUUUCUCAAUAUGUUGAGCUGAAAGGAAUGUUUGAGAAGGAAAUGGGUCUCACUGCUUCCUCACUGGAAUCUCUUUCAUACACAUUUAAGACAACCAUCACGUAUGGAACUUUUUAUGGAGAAAAGCUUUGUUCAACAGCCAGCUUGAAUUCUUGGAGCGAUUCACAUGCAACCAUUGGGUUUGUUUACACAAUUCCUGACAUGAGAAGAAAAGGUCUUGCUCGAUGUACCUUUGAUCUUCUUUUUCAAGACUGCAAGGAUGAGCUGCGUCUCAAGUGUUUGGAUUUGUUCACCAACACCGCUGACCACUUUUACAUUGAGCUUGGGUUCGAGUUGGUUGGAGAGACUUGCAUGUGCAUGAGCAAAUAA